GCCGUCACUCACUGCUCCUCCGCUCGUACUGCCCUCGGUGCCCCACCGCCCCAUUCCUCUCUCUUUCUCUCUCAAUCCACUGCGUUGGAGCCGGCCCGAUGCUGGGGAAGCCGCAGAAGCACCGUGGCCUCGCCGAUCCGCAGGAGAGCGGGACUUUCGCCGGCUCUUCCUCGUCCUCGCCUCCGCCUCCUCUCUCCUCGUCUUCCAAGAACGCCACCGGGGAUGGCGGAAAUGUCGACCGGGUCCUCUUCAACAACCUCGUCGAAAUGGUCCCCCUCGUCGAGUCCCUUAUGGACCGGAGGGCAAAUCCAUCAUUUACGCGGCGGGCGUCGGUGAUUUACACGCCCACGCCUUCCAACCAGACCAAGGUUGUUGAUCUGAAAGGCAGAAAAUCAUCUAAAACUGUUUCUGCAAAAAAGCAUAGGGAUUUUAGAGAGUCAAGCAGAGAUAAAAAUGACCAAGAUGUUACUAUUGACAACUUUUCAGUUUUUUCUUCAACACCAUCGGCAGUAGGAGAUGUCCAAAAGACAGUAGGAGAUGUCCAAAAGAAUAUAGAAGAGUUAACUAUGUUGCAGGAACAGUUGGAUGACCUACAUAAAAAAAUACUGGAGAAAGAUGAAGCCCUGAAAUCUGCGGAAGAGACGGUGAAUCGAAUGAGUCAAGUUAAUAUGAUGCUAGAUGAAUUGAGACACCAGGUUGAAGAGAAGGAUUCAAUGGCUAGAAAUGCCAAUUCACAACUGGCUAAUACGCAGAUUAAGCUAGCAGACAAGCAAGCAGCUUUGGAGAAAUUAGAGUGUGAAGCAAGGACAUCAAAUACUAAAAUCGAGGAACUUCAGGGACAUCUGGACUCUAUGGGCUUGGAAAUUACUGCAUUCAUGUGGUUAUUUGAAGAGCUAUCAAAAAAUGAUUCAGCUGCAUAUCCUGAUGAUGACAUCACUUCAAUUCAAAAAUUUGAUCAGCUUCCAUAUAUGGAUAGCAUCUAUGAGAGUGAUAUGAUGAGGAUGGAAGAGGCAAGAAAGGCCUACACCGCAGCUAUUGCUGCUGCAAAGGAGAACCCCAGCGAAGAGUUGUUAGCUGCAGCAGCUGAGGCAAGGCUUCACCUUCGAGCAUUUGUUCUCUAACCUGACAAUAAAAACUGCAAGUCUCGUAUCCAGCCAUCUAGCAUGCAUGUGUAGCGCCAUCGGUAGAGCUCAACAGAGUUUGCUUGUGUUCUUUUGCUUGCACCAAAUUACAGUGCAUACAGUAUUCCAAUUAGAAUAUCUGUUAUCUGAUCUCAAAAUUACAUCUAUAAGGAAAUGUUCAUUGGCUAUCCUUCACCACAAGAGGAUCAAUUUACCACACUUAUCCCUCAGUUUGCAUUU